GAUAUUACUAGAACAUUGCGUUGCCAGAUGGCGAGUUUUGAUGAAUGCAUUUCUCUUAUAUUGCCUUGCACUCUAUCUUAGGCACAUAAUUCAAGCAGCAAACCAAGCGAGAAGUGACAUUUACCGAUUUGAGGGAAGAACAAUUCGCUGGGGAGGCGUUUACAAAAUUUUCAACAAUAAUUUGUGGCGUCGGUCUCGCAUCGAAAACACAAAAUACCGGUUCGCUCAACGAGCUCUCGGUGUCGCAAAACGCGAAACAUCGUGCAGCAUUUCGGGGAAUGUAACGGGACGUCGUUCCUAAAUAACAUUUGUUUUUUUAUUCGUGCGUGAUCUGUGCUGUUAAACUAGACAAUUAUUACUAAAGGGUGGUGAUAUCGAGCAUUUCUCGAAGGCUUCUGCAAUAUGCGAAGAAAAUUUUCCUAUUUAGGGUACAAGAAGAAAUAAACCGUUCUGGGUGGAGAUAAUUAAACCAGAAUGACUCAUGAUACAUAACGUCGAGAACAGGCAACAAGCUCGGUACCAAGGAUUGAUGGAACUCGAAUCAAAAUAGGGUUACGCAUAUGAAGAUGCUGAAACAAUAAAAUAAAUAAAAUAUUAUAGCGUUAAAAGGAUGCAUGUGUCUAGCAAUUAAAUACAGAGCAUCAUUCGUAGUAUCGUAAAACCUGCAUUUGAUCUGUACAAAGGUAUAUUAGGAUAUUAAGAAUCAAUUUGAUUCUGUGGAUACUAAAAUUCCCGAAACAAUGUUUUCGUCAGGCCUUAACUGCAACCUCUCCUUCCCCAGCUGUUUGGGUUAUCCACAGGAUAGCGAGGAGUUGAUCCCAAAAAUGGCACGCGAGCCGAUCAUUCUUAAUGUUUACGACAUGUAUUGGAUAAAUGAAUACACCACGCCCAUCGGUCUCGGUGUGUUUCAUUCGGGAGUGGAAAUAUAUGGAACAGAAUACGCGUAUGGUGGACACGCUCAACCGAGAAGUGGCAUUUUCGAGAUCACACCGAGAGUUGCCGAAGAACUGGGUGAACAGUUUAGAUACAGACAAUCCGUUCACAUUGGCUACACAGAUUUCACAGAGGAGGAUGUCUCUAGAAUCGUUACCGAGCUGGGCAAGGAUUUCAGGGGGGAUCGUUACCACUUGAUGAACAAAAACUGUAAUCACUUCAGCAGUCAAUUCACGCUGAUUUUAUGUGGACAGGAGAUACCUGGGUGGGUAAACCGUUUGGCGUACUUCAGUUCGUGCGUGCCGUUCCUCCAGCGCUGUUUGCCGAAGGAGUGGCUGACGCCCGACGCUCUGCAGCACUCUCUAAGUCAGAUCAACCAUCACGAAAGCACACCACCAUCGGAUACCUCGUUGUAACAUUCAGCUAACGUCGUCGAGCCGCACGGUCUAAAAUGCCGUAGAAGUUAUACGUUUUAGGCAAUUAAACGCGGUGGGAGGAAACGUUAAUUAGAACAUUUUACGACUAUAUCGCCAAGAUUCGUGAAAAAAUCUGUGAAACCGAACCGUCAAGAUAAGGUACAAAUUUGAUAUUGUACACUCGAAUGCGACCGCUGACAAUUAGUACCGAAAAAGAGAUUGCCUUUGCUGCAACACGUUGUCUCUCGAGACGGACGAUCCGCAACGUCGCAUGUGUUCUUUGUUGAAUAAUACAGUAAUAAUGAUACAAUAAUGCAAAAUACGAUAGUUGUAUAACAAAUAAAUAAUUACACAUAAA